AAAAGCAAGGGUGAAGUGAUAUCUGCAUUAUUACAAUAGAUUAUAGAUCAAUAUCUUCAUCAUCAUCCUCAUCACCAUCAGCAGCCAUGCUCUGUCGUUCUCUUCUGCCGGUUCUUCUGGUUCUAGCCUGCCUUCAGUACUUGACAAUGGCCAACAGUGCAAAAGGACCAGAGGACUGUUGUUUCAAAUUCUAUAAGAAACCAAUACCCGUAAGAGCCAUUAAAACGUAUGAAAAUACGAGCAAUGACUGUCCGAAAACUGGAAUCAUUUUUACUACCCAGAAUUCCAGCCGCGUGUGCGUGGACCCUGGCUUUAAGUGGGUGCAGCGGGCCAUUGAUGUAGUUGACCAGCGCCUGUAUGAAAACUCAAACUAAACUCAGCCGAGCUGUUAAAUCCCUUAUCCAUUAAUCAGAAAAUUUCUUUACAUAUUCCAUUUUUAUCUAAAUAAAGUUUAAUGGGAUAAAGCUUUUCAUUAUAUAUCACCUUUUGCUAAAAUACGUUUGCCAUUAUGUAAGACAAAAUUAUUGCUUUUCUCUUUUGUUAAAGUACAUUUUAUCACUCAUUAUUGCUUUUUUAUAUUAAAUAAAGCCACAUUAAAAAAUA